GCACUGCCUGAGUGCCGGUCUGGUGUCUGCCUCUACUCUCUCGGAAAGCCUAAUAAAACUUUCUUCUUUGGUCUUUUCGUUAAACAAGUGCUCCUCGCCAAGUCGUCAGAUCAGAUCCCUGCUCUCCACCUAGAUCCAAUCAAUCCAAAGCCGGCUAACCGCUAACACAGAGAGAGAACGAAUCAAGAGAGUGAGGGCGAGUUUCUACCCCCCUUUUCUCUACUUUUGCUUACUGCAGCGUUGAAAGAAGCGGCGCUUCUGUAAUUCUGCAAACAUGGUGGGGGCAGUAGAGGAAGCCCAAUUGAACAGGCUUGAAAAUCAGGUCGAUAAUGGCGGAGGCGGCGCUUGGGAGUAUCUCUGUCUCGUUAGGAAGCUCAAAGUACGCCGUUCAGAAAAGGUUUUGAAGCACGGGUUAUCGAUUUUGAACGAUCCAAAGCAGCGAUCCAAACUCGGUGGAGAGGAGUGGACACUCUAUGAGCAGGUGGCCAUUGCGGCUAUGGAUUGUCAAUGUGUUGAUAUUGCAAAGGACUGUAUAAAUGCUCUUCAGAGGAAAUUUCCUGAGAGCAUGAGGGUUGGUAGGUUAAAAGGGAUGUUGCUUGAAGCUAGGGGAUCAUGGAAGGAUGCAGAAGUAGCUUACUCAAGCCUUUUAGAGGAUAACCCACUCGAUCAAGUAAUCCAGAAGAGGAGAGUUGCCAUGGCAAAGGCACAAGGCAAUAUUUCAGGGGCCAUUGAGUGUCUCAAUAAGUAUCUUGAAAUAUUUAUGGCAGAUCAUGAGGCAUGGAGAGAACUUGCUGAAAUAUAUGUUUCACUACAAAUGUACAAGCAAGCAGCUUUCUGUUAUGAGGAGCUAAUAUUAUGUCAACCGUUGGUUCCCCUAUAUCACCUAGCAUAUGCCGAUGUACUCUAUACACUUGGUGGGCUAGAAAACCUUCAGAUGUCUAAGAAAUAUUAUGCAUCUACCAUAGAUUUGACUGGGGGCAAAAACACCCGAGCGCUUUUUGGCAUUUGCUUGUGUAGUGCCGCCAUUGCGCAGCUUUCAAAAGGGCGGAACAAAGAGGACAAGGAUAGCUCAGAACUGCAUACUCUGGCUGCAAAGACCUUGGAGAAAGAGUACAAGCAAAGGUCUCUCACCAAACUCCCUCUUCUCACUGCAACCUUGAGAAACUUGAAGCUUCCUUCCUGACUCUUCUACUUGCAUUCCUUGGGACUGAUUCUUACACCUUGCUCUUGGCAAAUUUGAAAAGGUUCAACAAUCUAAUGAUAAUUGACUCCAAAUCGCAGAAGCCUUUUUUGUUCCAUAUUUUAUUUCCUUUAUUUAUUGAUAUCAGGUAGUGUAUUUCUCGGUAUCAUGUUGAACUAAGAAAAAUCCAAGCUUUUUUCUGAAUUAGUCCUCUGAUUUUGUGUUUAGUUUUGUCUUAAAAUCCGUGUGGAUAUGAUGUGAAAGAAAGAAUGGCGGAGUGAUCUAAGCUGGCAUGUUUUGGAUCC